UAAAAUGAAUCCCUCUGAUUUUUCUCUUCUUCAAUCUAUACAACAUCAUCUCCUUAAUGAUUCUGAUAUUCCACAUAUAUUUUCAGCUAUUGAUUCCAAUAAUACCCCUACUAAUUUUACACAAAAUAAUUUCGAUUAUGGGGAAUUAACACCAUUAAUAAACCCUAGUACUACAUUACAAGCCAAUGAAAAAUUCGAGGUUGAAGAGUCUAAGACCGUGGCGGCGAGUGUGACACACGCGCCACAAGAUUGGAAGCGGUACCGAGGAGUAAGAAGGAGACCGUGGGGUAAAUUCGCGGCGGAAAUAAGGGAUCCGGAUAAGAAAAAUGCGAGAUUAUGGUUAGGGACUUAUGAGACACCGGAGGAUGCAGCAUUGGCUUAUGACCAAGCCGCUUUCAAGAUUCGUGGCUCGAAAGCUCGGCUCAAUUUUCCUCAUUUAAUCGGUUCGGGUGUUCCCGAGCCGGCUAGGGUGAACCCUAGGCGUCGAUCGCAUUCGCCGGAAUCGUCAUAUGAAAAUGUAACACCAAGAAAACUUUAUACUAUUUAAUUAUUUUUUUUAGAUUUUUGGUUUCCCACCCGGUGUCUGCAUUGGAACUCAAUAUAAAUUGGAUCGCGCACUGCAAGGCCAUUCAAUGGUGGUGCUCCGAUUCCAACAAGAUUUUCUCCAUACCUAAGGGUCUAACCCGAGAUCUCUGGUUAUGGGUGAAGCAGUCACAUCACUGCGCUACAACUCAUGUUGGUGUUGUUUAAUAAUUAUGUUGUGAUUAAGAGUAAAUUCCAAUUUUGUAAUACUGGGAAACAAAUAAAAUAGUUAAGUCGUGCGAGAUUUUGCUAGGGAUUGUAAAAUGAUCCCUUUUUGUAUUUGAUGACAUACUAAUGUAUCCAAAAUACAAUUUAGUGAGUCUUCACAAUUUUUUUAUUUGUUUUUCGGUUUUUCCACCCAAUGUUUGUAUUGCUUGAGCCCAACUAUUUUGAAUUUACGUCACCUAGGGCCUCAUUCGGAGGAAAUGACUCCCUAUCAAAAAAACUCUAUACUCAAGACUUCUAAUUAAGGGAAAAACAUAGCUGCAUCACAUUCAUGUGUGGAUUUCCAAAAGU